CUGCCCCAGCUAUAUCUACGCCUGCGCAGCGUUGCUGCGGGGCCAGUCGGGACAGAGGAGACAAGAUGGCGCUUCGGGCGAUGCGGGGGAUUGUAAACGGGGCGGCACCCGAGCUACCCGUGCCCACCAGUGGGCCAGUGGUGGGAUCUCGGGAGCAGGCGCUGGCAGUGAGCCGGAACUACCUCUCCCAGCCUCGCCUCACGUACAGGACAGUGUCUGGGGUCAAUGGUCCACUCGUGAUCUUAGAUCAUGUUAAGUUUCCCAGAUACGCUGAGAUUGUUCACUUGACAUUACCAGAUGGCACAAGGAGAAGUGGGCAGGUUCUAGAAGUUAGUGGUUCCAAAGCAGUGGUUCAGGUAUUUGAAGGAACUUCAGGUAUUGAUGCCAAGAAAACAUCUUGUGAGUUUACUGGGGAUAUUCUCCGAACACCAGUGUCUGAGGAUAUGCUUGGUCGGGUAUUCAAUGGAUCAGGAAAACCUAUCGACAGAGGCCCGGCUGUCCUGGCUGAAGACUUUCUUGACAUCAUGGGCCAGCCAAUCAAUCCUCAGUGUCGAAUCUACCCAGAGGAGAUGAUUCAGACAGGCAUUUCGGCCAUCGAUGGCAUGAACAGCAUUGCUCGGGGGCAGAAAAUCCCUAUCUUCUCUGCGGCUGGCUUACCACACAAUGAGAUUGCAGCUCAGAUCUGCCGCCAGGCUGGUUUGGUAAAGAAAUCCAAAGAUGUAGUGGACUACAGUGAGGAAAAUUUUGCAAUUGUGUUUGCUGCUAUGGGUGUAAACAUGGAAACUGCCCGGUUCUUCAAAUCCGACUUUGAAGAAAAUGGCUCCAUGGACAACGUCUGCCUCUUUUUGAACUUGGCUAAUGACCCUACUAUUGAACGAAUCAUCACUCCUCGCUUGGCUCUCACCACAGCUGAAUUUCUGGCCUAUCAGUGUGAGAAACACGUGUUGGUUAUCCUGACAGACAUGAGUUCUUAUGCUGAAGCACUUCGAGAGGUUUCAGCUGCCAGGGAGGAGGUUCCUGGUCGACGAGGUUUCCCAGGUUACAUGUACACAGAUUUAGCCACAAUAUACGAACGCGCUGGUCGAGUGGAAGGUAGAAACGGCUCUAUUACUCAAAUCCCUAUUCUCACCAUGCCCAAUGAUGAUAUCACUCACCCCAUCCCUGACUUGACUGGAUAUAUCACAGAGGGGCAGAUCUAUGUGGACAGGCAGCUGCACAACAGACAGAUUUACCCACCUAUUAAUGUGCUGCCCUCAUUGUCACGGUUAAUGAAGUCUGCUAUUGGGGAAGGUAUGACCAGAAAGGAUCACGCCGAUGUCUCCAACCAGCUGUACGCAUGCUAUGCUAUCGGAAAGGACGUGCAGGCCAUGAAAGCCGUGGUUGGAGAAGAAGCCCUCACCUCAGAUGACCUUCUUUACUUGGAGUUUCUGCAGAAGUUUGAGAGGAACUUUAUUGCUCAGGGUCCUUACGAAAACCGCACCAUCUUUGAGACUUUGGACAUUGGCUGGCAGCUGCUCCGAAUUUUCCCCAAAGAAAUGCUGAAGAGAAUCCCUCAGAGCACCCUGAGCGAAUUCUACCCGCGGGACUCCACAAAGCACUAGCUGCCACUCGUCGCUGGCUCAAUACCCUUGUGACAUACUGGUUCUGCUGUCCGUACCCUUUCUCGCCCCCCCAUUGCCACCUUUGUGUUAGAGUUUACCAUGUUACCCUGUAAUUAAGAACAGAAUAGGUGACAUCCUGUGCCAGUGUUGCCAUGUCUUAAACUGCUAACAGACUUUAAAAUAUCCCCUGUUCAGAAAUCCUGGAUUUUCCAUGCUUUGUUUAAAGUAGCAGCAGGGAUGGAGGUGAGGUUUCCUUACUGACGUGUGUAUUUGUACAUAGUGGGUAGCCAGUUGCCUGAUGGUGUCCUCAGUAUUUGGAUGUUUAGACCUUCCCCCCCCACCAGCUCAAGAAUAUUGCUAUUGAAGUAACAAUGCUCUCAUCUUCAAAUCGGGCAGGGGCAGGGCAGAAGGAAGCCUCUUCGUGGAAGAGCCCCGAGCCCUCUCUCCCGAGCAUCACCUUCGAGUUGUCAGCGUGCCGCUGGGUCUGUGCUGCUGCUCUGGCAGCUGGCCUGUGCUGUCCCUCUGCUCCUCCCUUUCAUGAGUAGAGCAGAAAAGGAGCCCCUCGUCCUCUUCAGGACGCACAGGUUGGGCCCCCCUGUGUGACUGUCUGCCCUCCCUCUGAGGAACGCAGUCACCGGCUUUCGCACAGCUGGCGUUGAUCUGAUAGUGGUGGGACGCCUUGUCUUGAUCCCCACUGAGCUUUCAUGCAAAGGGAUCCUAAUGAAAAUGACUAGUGCAUUGUUGCUUGGAAAGAGUUGGAGGUACAAUAAAGAAGAGGGGGAACCUAUACCCGUUCUAUGCUUGGACACACUAGCAGUGGUGUAAUUUUGUAAAGUGUUCGCCAGGUGCUGAAGGCAAGGCGGCAGGAGAAAGCUCUGCUGUGCAUGGAUAUUUUAAACUCUGUUAGGGAGCAGCCUCUGGAAAACCUUGUAUUUGGUCCUGCUCUCUGGCCUAUCUCUGCCCCUUCAGGGUCAUCUUGUGGCACAAGUGAUAGUGUUUAAAAGCUUUAGCCUUCUAAUUCCUGCUCCUUCCAGCUCUGAGCCCUGAGCUGUCUUCUCUGCACUCCACUGUGUCUCCUGCGUGCUCCGUGUUCUUUGUUACUUGGGCUCAAUGGCGACUUCUCUGUGCAUUCCAUCCUUCAAGUUGUGUAAAGUUCUUCACUUUUU